AUGGAGGAGGCAGGAGCUGGGAGCAGACGCCAACCUGGAGCCUCCUUCACAAUUGAUUAUCUGCUCUUCGCUAAGGGGAAGCCAGCCAGCAGGGAGCGGGAGUCCAGGAGCUGCCGGCCACAGGACACCCCUGGCUCAUCCGAAAAGAAAUCGGUGGAGGAGGUGGUUCGGGGAAACCUGCCGGUCCCUGAGUCUCUGGAUCCGCUGGACAAACCCAACCAGUCUUACAUCGCCCUCAUCUCCACAGCCAUUCUCUCCUCCCCAGAAAAGAAGCUGCUGCUCUCGGAUAUUUACCAGUGGAUCAUGGAUAACUACCCUUACUUCAAAAACAAGGAGAAGAGCUGGCGCAACAGUGUCAGGCAUAACUUGUCCCUGAACGAAUGUUUCAUCAAGGCCGGGCGAAGCGACAACGGCAAAGGGCACUUCUGGGCCAUCCACCCGGCCAACCUGGAGGACUUCUCCAAAGGCGACUACCACCGGCGCCGAGCCCGGAGGCGCAUCCGCAGGAUGGCGGUGAACCUGAGCUAUUACCACCCGUACGCCUUCUACGGAUUGAGCUGCUGUCCAGGACGUCACUGCCUCUGCUGCCCUCCUUACGCGCACCCUGCUGGCCCCGGCCCUUCUGCGCCUUGCCAGCCUGGAUUCCCCCUUUUCCCCCUCUACCCGCCCGCCUCCCAGCGCCACCCCUACCUUCCCGCCGGCGCCCACAAGGGCCUGCAGGAGAAGCAGUUCAGCUGGCCUUGGCACAGACCCCACUUCCAUCACCCCCUGCAGGUUCCUUCGCACCUGUAACCUGCACUUCUCCAGCCUCCAGGGAGCCUUGUGCCACCAGGGAUCGUCCCAGCAAGAAGAUCUCUGGAUGCUUUUCCUCCUCUGCUUUGGAGCAGGCCCUGAACAGCUCAGCGGGGUCUGCCUUUGGGUCCCUGGGGCCUGGCCCUCCUCCCCCUUUGAAGAGGGUGGAGGUAGGGUAGUGAUCUGGGACUCUCUUACAACUCCACCCCCGAGUAGCCCCGCUCCA